AUGAGCCUAGCUCACGCGCCGCUCACUCAGAGUGGCUUGAUCGCGGCUGCAGUCGACAUUGCUAGCCUUCGUGCCGAGCUUAGCGAUCUGAAAGAGAGGGUUCGGGUGCUAGAGCAGCUGACGGCUGCCAGGGCCGAAGGGAGCCCUUCCACCGUUGUGCCAGUGACCGUGACCUACCACUCAGCUGCUACGGACAGCCCUUCUGCUGCCCCGCCUGCUGUGACAGUCGGAUCCCCCACUCAGUUGCCAGGGACUCCAGUUGGCUUGACACCUGGAGGCCGCAUCACCGCUUCUCAGUACACUGAGGAGUACCGCAGGGACAUCGCCUUAGGGAUUGGAGACUACCUCCGCAGGAGCUUGCAGGGAGUGAAUCGUGGGCCCUCGGGCCGAGAUCUCGUCUGGAUUGGUUGGCUGUCCGCGGACUUUUGGGAAACCAUCUCGUUUGACACGGGUGGUGAACCGGCCCUGACCAUCCCUUUCGAUGAUGACGAGUUGUUUUUACCUUUGGCUUCAGGCUUAGUUGAGGCUGCGCAGAAUUUCCUUCCUAGCCGGCUCCAGCCGAGUUCGUACGAAUCCUUGCCUCCUGAACCGGAUCCAGCUUUAGCCAGCCGGGUCACUGCGCUGGAAGCAAGCUUGGCAGGCAUUAGUCAGCAAUUAGAGACGUUAGUGACUCUGCAGACAAAGCAUUCGCCUGCAGUAGUGCCUCCACGAGCUCCUGUCAAACCUGCUGGAGCUCGACCUAAGGCCUCACGUGCCGCAUCUGCUGGUUAUGCUGGCCUGGAUCCUGCUGUAGUACAAUCCGCUUUAGCCGCUGGCAUCCAACCUGAGCAACUUGCAGAGAUGUCGAAGGUGGCUAUGGCUGGGAAGCCUCGGCUUCCCGAUCUGCCGAAAGCUGCACCUGCCAAGAAAGAUCCCCUGUCGGAAAGUGAAGAAGAAGUCAUCGGUUUGGAUGUUGGGGAGCGCCCGGGAAAAGGAUCCUAUGGUGGCUGCAUUGACAAAGCUGACUGCCAUCACCCAACACCUGGCACGUCAGAGAAAGAGGGACAAUUCCCUGGAGGCGCUUCUAUAGACGGCUCUGGAUUGCCCGGUUCCUCCGAGUCAGGAAGUAUGCCAAGCUCUCGGAAGAAUGCAGCUGCUCUUCAGGCCCUAAGGAAAACCUUGCACUCCGACCCCGAGAAGAUUUCACGAGUGAUCGAGAACAACAUGGAGACCGACUUCCAGCUGCACCGGACAGGCCUGCCCGGUUCGUCGCCGGUGCAGGUUUCGGCCAGAGCCUGGCUCGAAGCUCGGUCACGGGUUCAAAACUUCAAGACACCUGUUACACUUCUUUGGGGAAUUGCCGGGAUUCUGGACGCCCUUCGGGAAAACAGGCCCGAGGAAGCUCGGGCUCGAGCUUGCCUCCUCCUUUGUCAAGGAGAUCAGCUGUCCAUCGACAAAGGCAGUUGGAUUGUGGCCGCUCCUAUGUCCCUCGAGGAUCCACCUCCUUAUGCUGUGUUAGCCACCCAUACAUUACCGACAGAGAGCGAGAGUCAAGUUACGAAGCUGGUGGAUGCCAGGUGGGUCGAUCUGUUCUUGCAUCAUCUGCACGAGAUCGAUCAGCUGACCGAGAAGAAGAAGAAGCUCGCAUUUCGGAAGCCGGCUGCCGAUCCUCCUACCGAGCAUGUUGGGUCGCCGAAGCGGGGCCUGAAAGGAAAGGGGAGUGGCAAAGGAUCUGGAUCGGGCGGAGCUGGGAAGGAAGCCGGCAAGGAAGCCAGCAAAGAGAAGGAAGCCGCCUAG